AUGGUGGAGCAACUCGCAGAUAUGGCAUAUGGUCAAACCUGGGAGGCCAAGGCAAAAGGUGCACGAGAAGCCCGAGAUGCAUCACUGGCCAAGGUUGAACCUGCUCUGCAACUUCCAGAUGGGUUGGCUACUAGCUCCCAACACCUACCCGUCGAACAUCUCACACCUCGCGAGUAUGACUUGACAACGAACUACUCUACCCUCGAGCUGCUCAAGAAACUUCGUGACAAGACACUGUCUGCAGAAGAACUCACAAGGGCGUUCCUUCGCCGAGCUGCGAUUGCCCAGCAUGCUACAAACUGCUUGACAGAACUCAUGUGGGAUGAGGCUAUUGAGAGAGCCAAAUAUCUGGACUCAUUACCCGAAUCCCUGGGUCCUCUGCAUGGUCUGCCAAUUUCCACCAAAGAACAUCAAGGCAUGCAUUUGUAUAACAGACCCCUUGAUUGUGCCUACGUCUCAUGGAUUGGGACACCAUCACCACAUUCACCCCUCAAUCAGAUUCUUUGGGACGCCGGAUGCGUCUUCUACGCUAGGACGAACCAACCACAGACUCUGCAGUGUAUCGAAACGAACAACAACAUCUACGGCAGAACAGUCAACCCCUGGAAUCGUAACUUGUCAAGUGGCGGAAGCAGUGGAGGCGAAGGCGCGCUCAUUGGGAUGCGUGGGGGUGUGCUGGGUAUCGGCGGUGACAUAGGCGGCUCUGUAAGAGUCCCUGCAGGAAAUAAUGGGCUUUACGGAUUCAAGCCAGCGGCAAAGCGUCUUGGGGUGGCUGGCAUGACCGCAGCUAUGGCUGGGAGUGAAGGGGUUCUGGCUACAUAUGGGCCUAUUGCUACUGACAGGGAAACUAUCGAUCUGUUCAUGAAAGUUGUCCUCGAUGGCCAGCCUUGGAAGAUAGAUCCUUCUUUGGAGACACGAUUCUGGAGCCCGAUGACCAUUAGCAAACCACUCAAGAUAGGAGUCAUGUGGUCAGAUGGCGUUGUCCAACCACAUCCACCGGUCCAGCGAGCCCUGCAAUCCGUCGUAGAAUGUUGCAAAAGAGCAGGCAUGAAGGUCGUCGACUGGGAGCCAUUAGACCACGGCCCAGCCUGGGACCUAUACAUCUCACUACUCUACCCGGACGGUGGUGCAGCCGCCCGGCACCCCAUCGACGCAUCAGGAGAACCCAUGCUCCCACUCAUCAAAUGGAUCACCGUCGAUCAGCCUGAAUCUAAAGAACGCACAAUCCACGAGUACUGGAGUAUCGUCGCCCGUCGUGAGACGUACAGAGCUAAAUACGCCGCGCACUGGAACUCUACGUCAGCCGACGACGAGCAAGAAGUCGAUGUCAUCCUCUGUCCUGCCGGACCUGGUGCUGCACCUCUUCAUGAUACGGCGAAGUAUUGGCCGUAUACGAGCCAUUGGAAUCUGCUCGACUAUCCCGCUGUGAUCUUCCCCAGUGGUGUGUGUGUUGAUCCGGCGAAAGACGUCAAAGACGAGUCAUAUCAGCCUUUGAAUGAGCAGGAUGCGUAUAAUCAUGGGCUGUAUGAUCCGGAGAAGUCCGCGGGCGCGCCAGUGGGAUUGCAGGUUGUGGGGAGGAAGGGAAUGGACGAGUUUGUCAUGGCUGCGUUGAGGGAGAUUGAGGGGGCUAUGGGAAGAUGA